AUGGCAUCUUCAUCUGACCAAAGUCCCCUCUUACAGGGUAUGAAGGUCCUCCCUUCCGCUCUCAUAGCCACCAUCAUGACCAAGCUUGACAUCCGCUCCAUCCAGUCACUUCCAUCCACUUGUAAGACCUUCCGCUCCUGCGCCGCCCACAUCUUGUCUUUCGUAUCCACCUUCCACCUUUUUUUCAUUUCUUGUUCCGGUCAUAUCUGCUUUAUCUGCUUUAACUCCCAAAUAUGCUUGUGGGACAUCAAUGCAACUCCAAGGAAUAAGACUCUUGAUGCAAUGCAAAUUUUUAAGAUUCAUGAAGGCAUUGUAGAAGACGUAGCAUGGCAUCUCAGGCAAGAGUACUUGUUAAGUCUCCCUAACUUGUUCCUUGAACAGCUACAGAGGCGUCCCAAAUCAAAAAGCGGGCCACUUGGGCCUCCUGGGAUUGCUUACUAUCAAUUAUUUUCUCCUGCUGCACCCACGAUUGGAGGGAAUGCUGGGAAAUUAGUUACAACUUCUCCGUUCUCGACUGGAAUGAUGGCUACUGAUGGUUUAUCAAUUCAAUAUGGAGGCAGUGGAAACUUUCCCAUAGGUACAGAGCCUUGCAUGGCAAGGUCAAUUAUCAUACAUGGAUCACUCGUUGAAGCAUUACUGAAAUGCUUAGGUAGUAUGUCCGUACAACUAGAGAAUUGUAUUUAG